AAUAGUAACGUAGAAACGAUUUGUGACGGUCGGGUUAAAUCGGGGAAUAAUUUGACGCUAUGUGCGUAUAUCUGUUGCUACUAAAUUUGGUUUCAAUAGGACUAUUGAACUCGUUGAUUUGCUAAAGAUUUUGUUUAAUUGUGGGUUAGAUAGUAAUUCCGUUUUUCUGUGCAAAGUAAGAUCAAGCCAAAUGCAUCCUAUUCAGUGAAGUUAAAUUAAUGAACAACUGUAAGUUUGAUUGUAGUUCCGAAAGUGAAUCACUCAAUAUCAGAAAAUUUGUGUAAUAAAGUAUAACUGAAAGUCGCUGUAAGGUGUGGGAUGAGAUAUAUCAAGUUUAUGGAAUUGUGUAUUAUUCACAAUAAUUAAGGAAUCUAAAAGCAAAUAGUGGAAUUAGUUUUCAUCUUAUUUAAGUGAUUUGAUGUUAUGAAUCAUGCGGGUUAUAAUUUGGUUCCUUCUGGCAUUCAUGCUACAUUACGUGACCUCUAUAAGAAGCAUUAAUACCCAAAAUGGCCAAAUUAAAAGUAGUAGUAGAAUUAAUGAUAAUAAUCACAUCGGCACAGAUAUUUUGUACGCCAGCUCCUUAUUAAAUGCGGUACAUAUUCACAAGGCAGAACUUUUGAGCGAUGAAGAGGAUCUUGUGCAAAUUAGCGACGGUAUAAUCGACGGUUUUACAUCUGCUAGCUUAAAAUCUGCGCUUUCUGAUAGUAAUGGCGGAAGUUCGCCAUCUUCAUCUGCCUCAGCACAAUUCGGUAAUGGAGACGAUAACGGAAAAGGAGGUGCUGUUGAUGCCAAAAACUAUAGCAACAUAAUAACUAAUAUUAUUAAUUUUGAUACACCGUUGAAUCAUUUGGUUGUUGACACAUUCACUGGACGAGUAUUUGUGGGUGGUGUCAAUUAUUUAUAUCAACUUUCACCGGAGUUAGAGUUACACGAAACAGUAAAAACCGGUCCAAAAAAUGACUCGGUCGAAUGCACUGUCUUAGAUUGCCCAGCUCAUGCCGUACGCAAGCCUACAGAAAACUAUAACAAGGUGCUGCUGAUCGAUCGUGCUACCUCACGUUUAAUUGCUUGCGGAUCUUUAUUUCAAGGCACGUGCUCUGUCCGUAAUUUGCAAAAUAUUAGCAUUGUCGAACAGGAUGUACCAGAUGCAGUUGUUGCGAAUGAUGCAAACUCAUCCACUAUAGCAUUCAUAGCGCCAGGGCCACCGCAGCCGUCGAUCACCAACGUCAUGUAUGUAGGUGUCACGUACACAAAUAAUUCUCCAUAUCGUAGCGAGAUUCCUGCUGUGGCAUCACGUUCACUCGAAAAAACUAAAAUGUUUCAAAUCGCAUCAUCAGCAGUAACAACGGGGACAAGAACUUUUAUAAAUUCGUACGCCCGCGAAGGCUAUUUAAUAAAUUACGUUUAUGGAUUUAGUUCUGAAAGAUUUUCAUACUUUUUAACGACCCAAUUGAAACACAAUUAUCAUUCUUCGCCGAAAGAGUAUAUAACGAAAAUUGUGCGUAUUUGCCAAGAAGACUCAAACUACUAUUCAUACACAGAAAUCCCAGUUGACUGUAUAACUGGUGGAACUAAAUAUAAUCUAGUUCAGGCUGGUUACUUGGGUAAGCCGAGUAUGGAUUUAGCCGGAAGUCUGGGCAUAACCGUCCAAGACGACGUUCUCUUCGGAGUAUUUAGUGUUGGAGAUGGAAAUGUAUCUACUGAUAAUUCAGCUUUAUGCAUUUACUCGUUAAAAUCUAUACGGCGCAAAUUUAUGCAGAAUAUCAAAUCUUGCUUUAAUGGCGUUGGCUCUCGCGGUCUGGAUUUUAUAUCACCAAAUAUGUUAUGUGUUCCAACUAAAUUACAAACUAUUGGCGAGGAUUUUUGCGGACUCGACGUGAACUCGCCAUUGGGAGGUGAACAACCCAUUGCCGUUGUACCGGUAGCCAAGUUUGAUACUCGGCUCACAGCAGUUGCGGCUACAAGUACUAGUGGCUAUACGGUCGUUUUCAUUGGCACUGCAAAUGGACAUUUAAAAAAAGUAGUUGUUGAAUCAGUGGAUUCCGCAAAUGAGUACGCGGAUAUACCAAUAAGAGUGGGUUCUCCUAUUAAUCCAGAUAUGCACUUUGACAGCCGAAAUCAUUUUAUUUACGUAAUGUCGCUUAAUGAAGUAGCUAAAGUUAAAGUUUAUGAUUGCUCCGACUAUAGAACGUGUGGAGAGUGUUUGGGUGCACGCGAUCCAUAUUGCGGAUGGUGUUCGCUUGAAAACAAAUGUAGUCCACGUUCUAGCUGCCAAGAUGAUGCUAAUGACCCUCUCUACUGGGUUAGUUAUAAAACAGGCAAAUGCACUACAAUUACAAGUGUUGUACCACAUCAACUUCAGCGUACUACAGCAAGAACUUUAGAACUCAUUAUCGACCAUUUGCCGCAAUUGAAAGAAAAUCUUGUUUGCGCGUUUACUACUGAAGAAAAAGCACUUUUUACGAAUGCUACAAAAAAGCGUAAUGGUGUGAAUUGCACAACUCCACGUACAGAUAUGCUACCACAAAUAGAACAAGGAAAACAUCAUUUCACCGCCAAACUAUCCGUACGAACUAAAGAUGGACCAGAUCUUGUCUCCACCGAUUUUACUUUUUUUGAUUGUAGCACACAUUCAUCAUGUACUCGCUGUGUAUCUUCGGAAUUUCCUUGCGAUUGGUGUGUGGAAGCUCAUCGAUGUACACAUGACACUGCUGAAAAUUGUCGUAAUGACAUUCUUGUUACUGGUGUUAGUCGCAUUGGACCUAGCUACCGCUCAGGUCCUGGAUUUUGUCCAACUAUAAACGCCACUGGUGAAGGUAGUGAGAUGCUUGUUGCUGCUGGGACUAGUAAGUCCAUAAAAGUUAAAGUGCAUAUAAUUGGGCAGUUUAUAGUACAAACACGUUUUGUAUGCCAGUUUAAUAUCGAAGGACGUGUCACUAGUUUAAACGCACAAUUAUUGGGAGAUACUAUAUAUUGUGACAAUAUGGAGUUCCAAUACACUUCCCGCUCUCCUAAUUUAACUGCAACUUUUGCUGUUAUCUGGGGUGGCUCAAAGCCACUCGAUAACCCUCAUGAUAUUCAUGUUGUGAUAUAUAGAUGUCGUGAUAUGGCUGAUAGCUGUGGUAUGUGUUUAGCUUUAUCAGAAAAAUAUAAUUGUGGUUGGUGUUCAUCUACAAAUACGUGUGAAGUUGAAGAACAAUGUAAUAAAAAUAAUGAAGGUAAAACGGAUUGGCUGAAUCGUAUGGAAACUUGCCCCAAUCCUGAAAUUCAUUUAUUUUAUCCAAAAACUGGUCCCUGGGAAGGCGGGACCAACAUUACUAUACGCGGUAUUAAUUUAGGAAAAAAUUUCUCUGAUAUAUAUUCAGGCGUACGAAUUGCCGGUAUCAGCUGCAUGCCUUUUUCAGAAUACUAUGUUGAUACGAAGGAAAUUGUUUGCAACGUAGAUAGUCCUGGUGUUCAAUUGUAUCGAAGUGGUCGCAUUGUUGUACAAAUUGGGGAUUAUAGGGGUGAAUCUAAAGAGGAUUACGAAUUUGUUGAUCCAAAAAUUACACAUUUUUCGCCACAAUAUGGUCCAGUUUCUGGUGGUACUCACCUAAGGAUAGUGGGCAAAUAUUUGAAUGCCGGAUCCCGAAUUCAAGCAUUUAUAAACGAGCAUCUGCGUUGCGAAAUAAUUAGCGUAGAUGUUACCGAAGCUAUAUGUCGCACCGCACCUUCACCAGGUAUCAUAGAAGGUCGCCUCAAAAUGCUAUUUGACAAUGGACCGCGGGAGUUUAACGAAUAUAAUUUUAAGUAUGUUCUGGAUCCCACUAUCGAUCAAGUGUCUUCAGGUCCUAGUAGCCAACUAAAAGUACCCCGUGGUAUUCCAGCAGGAGGUAUUGAAAUCGCUGUAACCGGAACUCAAUUCAACUAUAUUCAAAGUCCAAGAAUGUACGUAUAUUAUAAAAGUGAAAUAUUUUACAGCCAAUGUAAGGUUCAAUCGGCGACGGAUAUGUUAUGUUAUUCUCCUGUAAUUAAAACAGAUAAUGACAUAUUUGAUGCAGAUAAUCCGGAACUAUUAGAAUAUGGAUUUAUUAUGGACAACGUUUUGAGAGUUCAAAAUCUCUCUAGUAAGCAAAAGAAUCAUUUCGAGCUUUAUCCAAAUCCUUUAUAUUACAAUUUCGAAGAGGAUAUAAAAUAUUAUAAAAGUGAAUAUCUAACAAUUAAUGGACGAAAUUUGGAUCGCGCAUGUAAGGAAACGGACGUAAUUGUACGAAUUGGCAAAGGUAUUUGUAACAUUACAUCACUGUCCCGUCAACAAUUAACGUGCCGUCCGCCACCAGAAGUACCAACAGAAUCGGGCAAUGAAUCAGGUCCAGAAGUAAUUGUACGUAUAGGACAUUCUUUGCAAUAUCGCAUUGGGAUAUUGAGUUAUGCAUCACCAAAUUUAAUGCAUGAUUUAAGCAAGAAUGUACAGUUAGGCAUCGGAGCAGGUACAGUGGUGAUUCUUUUGAUUUUUGUCGCAUUUCUCGUAGCAUACAAAAAGAAAACUUCGGAAUCAAAUCGCGUUUUGCGUAACAUGCAAGAGCAAAUGGAUAUAUUAGAGCUUCGUGUUGCGGCGGAAUGUAAAGAAGCCUUUGCCGAACUUCAAACUGAAAUGACAGAUUUAACGGGUGAUCUUACUUCAGGAGGAAUACCUUUCUUGGACUAUCGUACAUAUGCUAUGAAAAUUCUUUUUCCAAAUCACGAAGAUCAUAUUGUACUACAAUGGGAACGUCCUGAAUUACUACGCAAAGAAAAAGGAUUACGCCUUUUUGGUCAACUUAUAAUGAAUAAAACAUUUUUAUUACUUUUUAUUCGGACACUAGAAUCCAAUCGUUAUUUUUCCAUGCGUGAGCGUGUUAACGUCGCUUCUCUUAUAAUGGUAACACUGCAGUCAAAGUUGGAAUAUUGCACCGACAUACUAAAAACGUUGCUUGGUGAUUUGAUUGAAAAAUGUAUUGAAGGGAAAAGUCAUCCAAAACUUCUGUUGCGUCGUACCGAAAGUGUGGCAGAAAAAAUGCUUAGCGCUUGGUUUACAUUUUUGCUGUAUAAGUUCUUAAAAGAAUGUGCUGGCGAACCAUUGUAUAUGCUGUUUAGAGCAGUCAAAGGUCAAGUAGACAAAGGACCCGUUGACGCGUGUACACACGAGGCCCGUUACUCUCUAAGUGAAGAAAAGCUUAUACGUCAGCUUAUCGAUUUUCGCCCAAUGACGGUAUAUGCUAGUAUUAUACAACAGCCGAUUUUCUGCAAUAGUAUUGAUAUGAUGCCAACCCAUACUGAAAAUGUACCCGUCAAGGUCCUUGAUUGUGAUACAAUUGGUCAAGUUAAGGAAAAGUGCUUGGACACAAUAUAUCGUAACAUUCCCUGGAGUCAACGGCCACGAAGAGAUGACUUAGAUUUAGAAUGGCGUACAGGAGCUAGUGGUCGUGUAAUUUUAUAUGAUGAAGAUACAACUUCGAAAACUGAGAGUGAAUGGAAAAAACUCAAUACACUACAACACUAUAAUGUUCCUGACGGCGCUGGACUGAGCUUAGUACCCAAGCAAAGCUCAAACUACAACUUUUCAAUACUUUCUGACAGAAAUGAAAAGUGCCACAAAUAUGAAACAUUGAAUUUAUCGAAAUAUACAUCUUCCUCACCAACGUUUAGCCGAGCUGGUAGCCCUCUAAAUAAUGACUUACAUGAAAAUGGUAUAAAAUUUUGGCAUUUGGUAAAACACCACGAUAGCGAUAUACAAAAAGAGGGUGAACGUGUCAAUAAGCUGGUAUCGGAGAUAUAUUUAACACGUCUGUUAGCAACCAAAGGAACUUUGCAGAAGUUUGUCGAUGAUCUUUUUGAGACAAUCUUUAGUACGGCACACCGAGGCUCCGCACUGCCAUUAGCAAUAAAAUAUAUGUUUGACUUUUUGGACGAUCAAGCAUUACUACAUGGAAUAACAGACCACGAAGUUGUCCACACUUGGAAAAGUAAUAGUUUGCCCCUAAGGUUUUGGGUUAAUUUAAUUAAAAAUCCAAAUUUUGUGUUUGACAUACAUAAAUCAAAUAUAGUUGAUUCCUGCUUAUCAGUUGUAGCACAGACGUUUAUGGACUCUUGCUCAACAUCAGAUCAUCGCUUAGGCAAAGAUUCUCCGAGCUCGAAAUUGUUAUACGCAAAGGAUAUACCGGAAUAUCGCAAAUGGGUUGAAAGAUAUUAUCGUGAUAUAAGAGAAAUGCCAUCGAUCUCCGAUCAAGACAUGAAUGCUAUGUUAGCCGAAGAAUCGAGACUACAUACAACGGAGUUCAAUACAAAUUGUGCCCUCCACGAACUAUAUACUUAUGCUGUAAAAUAUAAUGAACAGUUGACUGUAACAUUAGAAGAAGAUGAAUUUUCACAAAAACAGAGACUUGCUUUUAAAUUGGAGCAAGUCCAUAACAUGAUGUCAGGAGAGUAAAAAUGUAUACUGUUUAGAAAGUUAUAUUUGUAUUCGAUAUAAUUUUGUUAAGUGUCUUCACUUCUGUCGAAACAAACGUCUAUAAAAUCAGUUUUAUUCAACAAAAGAGAAAAGAAAGACAACACGUUUACAAGGUCUUUGAUAAGGUUUUGCUUCAUUUAGUAGCACAACGACAACCGAGCAAUAAUUUGAAAAUGCCAGCGGGGAUCACAGCAAAAAUACAAAUAAGUAUUCGGAUUUAUCUGUAUGCUGUUCAAUUUAAGAAAGUAAAGUCGUCACUAGAUUUCUAUUAAUUUUUUUUUGUUGUACGUGUGCCAGAGUUUUUGAAUGUUUAUAAAUAUCAGAGCAACUAAACUUGAUAUGAAAUGUUUUAGUCUUUUCUAUAUUCUCUUAUGCGGUGACGUACAUUUGUUUCUGAGAAUAUAAUUAGCAAAAGCCUUCGAAAUUUAUUAAUCGAACUAAAUUUUCAGCUGCGUUACUUUUUACCAAUAUAUGUUAUUCUUUCAAUUCCAUGCAUCUAUUAAAGUUCAGGUUUACCGUAUACAAAUACAAAAUCAAAAUUUUUAAUUAUAACAAAGCACUAAGUCAACAGGAAAAAUUUUGUAAUGUUUUUUUAAAAAGCCCUUGAGCAUUUAUACUUCUUAUUGCAGUUAAAAAAGUAAACAUAAAUCGUAAAACAUACAAAUAUAUAAUUUGCUGAAACUUUUGCAAAUCUCAAAGAUACUCAUUAGUACUGUUUUUGAAGUAUUUCUUCUUUAGUCGCUUUAGAUCUUUCCAUUUCUUUGCCCAUCCGUUACAGAUGGAAUUGCAUAACCACGAACAAAAAAAUUAGUGUAGCAGAUAUAAGGUCAUAUGAACAUAAAUAAUCGUAAAAACGCAAAAACGACUGAUUUUAUAUGAAAUAUAAAGUAAAAUAAAUAUUUAUAUUAUACAAUUCAUUUAGCUUAACAGUAUUUAGGUAAAAUAAUACUAAACAUCCAGGUACUAUAAGAAAAUAAAUAAGAGCGCGUUUAUUUAUUUUGUUGUACUGCUAAGGAUGUGUGUAGUGUGUUAAAUUAUAAUUGUAGUAAUAGUUGUCUGUACUAAUUUGUCUAAAAAUUGUAAAUGUGUACUGAAUGUUUGUCGUAAUCAUAACAAUAAGAAGUGUAUUGGUAAAUCUAUUUGCUUCAAAUUGGUGAAACCUAUGUCACAGGUGGGAGGUUCACUACACAGGAAUAUGCAACUUAGUGUACAUAAGUAAUUAUGUAUGAUUAUAAAAAGGUCUAUAUUAUAGUACUCGGAUGACAGUGAGAGUACCUCAUGACUUUUUUUUUAUAAUUUCGACAUCACUAUUCAUUUAAAGAUAAUAAAAAAUUAAAUUGAAAAUAUAGGGUGGGCCACCCAAAUUAAAUUUCGAAGAUAGGGCGUAAAAGAUUGAGUGUAGCGUUUGCUGUAUGGCACGUAUGCCUUCUUUCUCUCUUUUGCUUGAAGAAAAAUUCGGUUAACAUUGCGAUAUCGCUCACCAUUGAUGGUUACGGUUCCUUCUUCAUUUUCGAAGAAAAAUGGGCCGAUGAUUCAACAGGACCAAAAUCCGCACCAUACAGUGAUUCGUGCUGGGUGCAUUGACUUCUCGACGAUUACGUGCGGGUUUUCUGUGCCCCAAAUGCGACAAUUCUGCUUGUCAACGUAACCAUCGAGAUGGAAAUGAGCCUCGUCCGAAAGGAUGAUUUUUCGGUAAAAUUGACCCUCGGUCAAACGAUCUUCUGCCCAAUCUGCGAACUGUAGAAUAGUGAAUAGCGACCCAUUUCGUAAAUUUUAGACUUUUUACUGAAUAUCUGUCUCUCCGAAUGAUAUUUGACGUUUCCAAUGUCGAAAUAUAGAUAAUUCGAAUUUAAAUCGUUAGAUGGCCCACCAGUUAUUACAACUGUAAAGAAUCUGAUGGUAUAACAACCAUUUAAUUAUAUUUUAACGUUUUCUAUUACAAUGUAACUUUCCCACCUUAAGAGAUUGCACCCAUGAAUGGAGUGUACGAAACCUUUGGCGGCUUAGAUUGUUAAGCUGGUCUAAUUAAAUAUUAUUAUUGGCUUGCUUAAAUGCCUGAAUGCAUGUCAUUAAUAAAAAAAAUGUUCCGGGACUCGAAACUUAUUUAAUGUAAUGGCCCAUUCACAUUCAACUUUUCGUGCCAAUUCGUGCUUUAACGACAAAUCGAACAAAGCAACGGGUAUGUCACAAUGAACGCUUCUCAUAACAAUGGCGACCGCUGCUUGGCAAAGGGUAAAAAGAUAAGGUUGUUAAACAUCUUUUUUCGCCUUUCUGUCGAAUGUAAGUUUGUGUUUGUAUGUGCGCCUUGUAAUUGUACAGUUAUGUGUGUGAAUUAUGCGUGCUGUUACUAAUUCCAUUGUUAUUUUGUUAUUGUUUUUGUAUUUUAUUGCUUUUCGCUACAAAAUUCCCAUGCGGCUUUACACAGUGUGAUUAGCAAUUAGCACAUUCAACGUACCCAGCACCUUAACGAACACACACACAAAUAUGUAAGUCUACAUACAUACGCUCGUUGGCCAUUUCUGCUGCAAGAAAAGAGCAUAAUGUGAAGCAAAAGUGCUAUGUGAAUCAGCCAUAAGUGAUUCGAAUCAGUGAUCUGCAGUGAAUGAGUUAAACACAACUUUGUGUUACUUGCGAAAAAUUGAGUACGAAGCAAGCAAAUUAUUCACGGAGAUUACAAGUGUGAUAGGGCACAAUAGACCCUAGGUCGCGGUGCAGAACCUCAAAUUUCAUUCUAUUUCUACAAGUGUGAUUACUGCUCACUUACUAUUAUGAGAGAGACAGAGUUUCAGCUUGUGAGCUGCUUAACCUUUAUGUGCUCGGGAUGGUAAACUUACGAUGGCGGUCGGAAGUCUACAUUUGUAGCAGUUAUGUAUUUGUAUGGAAAACUUUGUGAACAUAUGAACAAAAACACUGGCCCGAAGUGUUUUAUACUUGAAUGCAUAUUUAUUAUGUAAUAUAUAAUUUUUAGAUACAUAGAUAAGUUGAAAAUGUUUAAAUAUCAUUCAUGGUACAAAAUUUACCCAAAGUAACUGCAAAUCUUGCGUGUGGUUUUACGCUUUCCAGCUUCACAAUUUUGACAACAAACAGGGUGCGUAGGUUGAAAGUCGUUAGAAAUAGCAGGCAAAUGGUUCGCAAUUGUGCCGGAAACAGGAGAACUACCGAGAGCCGUUUCAAUAGCCAGGCGUGUUGGAGCAUGGCCAAAUACCCUUGGAUUUUCAGAGCGCUGUUCAGUUGCUGGCAUGAAAAGCUGUUUUUCUUCUCAGGUACAAUAGCAUUUGUCAAGGGCGUACUGGAAGUAGUAUAACAGCUUUUCCCUUUUUUGGCACGUAAAACACCACCAACAAUGUCAGCUUUGAAAUCCAACGCAGGAUAACUCUUGCCAACAGGUGCUACUUCGGACUGAGUAGGCAAUUGAGAAGCAAAGUCCUCUCUCGACAGACAAAAACCAAACUCUAUAAGUCACUCAUAAUUCCCGUCCUGCUAUAUGGUGCAGAGGCCUGGACGAUGUCAACAACAGAUGAGUCGACGUUGCGAGUUUUCGAGAGAAAAGUUCUGCGAAAGAUUUAUGGUCCUUUGCGCGUUGGCCACGGCGAAUAUCGCAUUCGAUGGAACGAUGAGCUGUACGAGAUAUACGGCGACAUUGACAUAGUUCAGCGAAUUAAAAGACAGCGGCUACGCUGGCUAGGUCAUGUUGUCCGAAUGGACGAAAACACUCCAGCUCUGAAAGUAUUCGACGCUGUACCCGUCGGGGGAAGCAGAGGAAGAGGAAGACCUCCACUCCGUUGGAAGGACCAAGUGGAGAAGGACCUGGCUUCGCUUGGAAUAUCCAAUUGGCGCCACGUAGCGAAGAGAAGAAACGACUGGCGCGCUGUUGUUGACUCGGCUAUAAUCGCGUAAGCGGUGUCUACGCCAGUAAAGAAGAAGAAGAUACCAACGCAAAUUUUGAUUCGAGAAAGCCAAAAAUUGUUGACUGUUCUGUUCGUUUGCGGUCUGCUUUCAUUUCAUUUGGCACAAAUGGUUUGUUUUGACUAACAGUACCAAGAAUAGAGAGCCCUUUUGACAUCAAAUGCCUAGCCAGAUUCAAUGAAGUAAAAAAGUGGUCACAGAUUAUGGUUAUUCCGGUGUUUUGCCAAGAAUAAACCAGUCUUUGCACGACAUUCUCUCCUACAUUAGUUGCACGACUAGAAUUCGAUUCCUUUCCUGUGUAAGUCUCGCAGUUGAGAGAAUAAAAAGACUUUGCAUCGCAUGCGAACCAGACUUUUAGGCCAUGCUUUGCAGGCUUUGAUGGUAUGUACUGCGUGAAUCUAGUUCUUCCGCGAAGUGCAAAUAGUUGUUGGUCAACUGUUAUCUCCUGAUGGUUGAUAGUAGCGGCGAAGAUUGUUGUUCGUUAGAGCCCAUAAUGCAGAAAUUGGAGCAGCCUUAUCGUUUGCUAGUUGAGCAGCUUUAGUGCGCUCAUUAUCAAACCGAAUGAAUCGCAAAAUUUCCUUGAACCGAGAUUUCGGCAUUACAGCACGGUAGUAACAAACUGCUUCUGUACUUCACAAUACAUCAAUGUCUUCAUCGUUAGACUUAUUAACACCUGCCAAAAAUAAGAUCCCAAUGAAUGCUCUCAAUUCAACAAUUGUCACUUUAUUCCACAUUCUCUUCUUUCCGUUGAGGUUUUGUUCAUUCCACUUUUGAAACGUUUUUUUCGGCUUUGGCGUUAGUAUCAACUAGAACUUGUUCGAACAUCAAUGGGGUGAAAUCAAAUACACUUGACUCGAUGAGUCCAUUGGUAGCACGAGAUGGGCCAACAGCAGUGCCACGAAACACAUUAUGAGCACUCAAUCGAAUUGCUUGAUUAGGCAGAUUGGAAAGCCAAGUAGUGUUGUCUUUUGAAACCAGCGAACCAAGACGCUGUUCAUCUGCCUCCUCCUCCUCGAAAUCCAUCUCUUCUUCGUAAUCUGCUUCAAACAAUACGCCUUCUAUCUGGUUAUCGGAUCGAAUAUCGUCUUCUUCAAGCAUCAUUUCGUUUUCAGCAUCAGAUUCUUCGGGAUUUAUACCAGGUGGUACGUAGUCAUCAGAAGAAUCAUCGAAAUCUAGGUCCUCUUCUGCUGCUUCAUUAAUCUCACUCAGUAGAUUCUCAAUAUGGUUUUGAAGCUCUUCGCUUCUCUGUUGUAAACUAUUUUUUUUACGUGCUAGUAGCCAAAGCUGCUUAGAAUUCAUUUUUAGGAAGCUACUGAAAAUUUCGGACCAUGUUGUUAUAAAAAUUUUUUUUUACUCAAUUUUUUCUUCAAAAAUGCUACAAAUGUAGACUACCGAGCACAUAAAGGUUAACUUGUAUUAAGCAAAUACUCACAAGUGUUUGGUUAUGAGUUCGCAAUACUGCUAAAUCUCUGCUUUGGCUUCUCUUACAGUUAUGAAUCCGAUAACAUAAAAUUUAACUCCAAAAACAUAUAUUUCUACUACUUAUAAAAUACAUGUUCAGUCGCCGCACUAUUUGCAGGUAUAGUUAAUAUUUUAAGUACAAAUUUUGAUAUGUGUGGAAAGUUAGUUUUAAGUUGCUUUCACCAUUGUAUUACGUCAGUUUGUGUUCUUUCAGCCCUAUCACGCAAUCCAUCGUAGAGUGUUUUUUCGGGAAAGUUACGAAACUGCUAUCAUGCAAUUCGAACAGUUCCGAAAGUAAGUUCAAAAUUCGUAGAGUUGCAUUCACUGAAUUCACUUGGAACGGAAAAUUUUUAAGUUUAGCGAAAUUUUUGUACGACAGUUUUGUGCUAACGGAGAAAUAAAUUUCCAUAUGUGGGAGUCAUGAUUGCUGCCAGGAAACUGAGCAUUCACAUAACGUAUUUUCAUUUUAUUGUCACAUAUCUACAAAAUAUUGAUUAAGAUGUUUGAAAUGCCAAUUUGUCACCAAACUUACAAUCAUGGCAUUGAUACUAAAGUAUCUUUUGCUUUUAUAAUAGAGAAACUUAUCUUUAGUUGGAGCAACGAUUUUAAUAUGUGUUCACUUUUUUCAACGUUACUUAACUCGAGGUUUAUCCACUGAAGGCACAAAUGGGACUGAAGCAAUCUCAAUACUUCUUUUAAGAUGCAACAAAAUGUUGACUGAGCCAUUGGAAUAUCGAAGUCUUUACCCAUUCAUGCUGCUAGCCUCCUUCAGCUAAAAACCAUAAAACCGAAGACAAUCGAUGAAGUAAGAUAUAGAUGACGAUCUUGAAGAACUUGCAUUCCUCUCUAGAACAUCGAGGACAUACGUAAAGGCCGCCUUAUUUAAGCAAUAGUUUUUAAUAAACCUGUUUAAUAAUUUUAAUAAAAUUUAACAAUGAAUUUUUGUGGAUUUUUGAACUGUAAAUUGUUUCGUCCACAUUGAAAGGCUUGCUCUUGUCCCUCAGUGAUUUUCGGUGAAUUUUUAGAUCGCGCCGACUUCUCUCACGUUCGUCCUCAAGCAACAUAAAUAAAAACGUUAGCGAAUACAUAUUUUGUUCGUAAAAUCAAUUUGAAUAUAAACGAUUUCACUUUUAUUAAUCAAAAUUUUAAUUUUUUCUUCUACCCAGCUGAUUUCGAAAUGUCAAAAUUCAAAAUUAAGUCUGGCAACAAAAGUUUCGAAUUCACUUGAAUUCAAUGAUAGCAAAUUAUGCGUAUUCGUAACGGACAUACGUAUUCGUAGCUUCGCUACGAUGGAUUGCGUGAUAGGCAUGAUAGCCAAUGUACUGUCAAUAUACUUAUGUAUCUGAAUGAACUGCUUCGCAUAUCGUUUGAAAUUUGUUAAAACUUGUGCAAAAGUGUUAGGGGUGUUUUGGAAUCUGAUAGUUGUCGGAAUCAGAAUUGAAACCGAUCAAAAAAAGUAGUAGAAUUCAGUUAUUAUUGGUUUGAUAUUCGAAACAGAAUAUGUAUCGGUUUUGGGUCUCACGGAAAUCAAUUUUAUCGGUUUUGCUAUCAGAAACAAAGCAAGAAGAUAGUCACUCACACAUUUGAAAUGUAAGUUAAGAGAUCAAGUUAUUUUAUUAUUUCGAAUCAAUUUAUCUUGGUUUCUAUAGGGGAAAACAUAUAUAUAAAGCACUAAAUGUCUUAAUUCUUGAGUUUUUGAAAAAAAAGUCGGAUAUUUAAAGAUAUUAUAUUUACAAAACAUAAUAAACGCAGUUUAACACCCAAAUGCGUCUUUAUUCAUUCGAUAAAUGCUAUCUCUUAAAAUCUUCCUUUAAUUCGGAACUUAUUAAAAACUUUAAUAGGAUUGCUUCCAAAUAUAUUCAUUUGCAAGUUUUGUCACAUUAGUAAAUAGCUGGUUCGAAUAUUGGUUUUGAAUUGAAAAUCAGAAUUGGUUUGCAUUUCUGACAGCUAAGCAAUUCUGUCUUGGAUUCCACAACACCCCUGAUUGGCUCAACUCUACCCAAGAGUUGACGAUAUUUAUAUUAAUCUCAAACCAACUACCUUCGCUUACUAUCGAUAGUCGGCCAAUUUAAGAAAUGGACUUAAGCAUUACCAAGUAAGAGUUCCAUCGUGUAAGGCAGUGACUAUUCAAUGAUGUUUGCAAUGCAUGUUGGAAAUUCGAUUUUUUGUAAUAUUUUACAAGGCUUUGCAAUAUAAUAGGCGAUAGGAAAUAGGUGAUUAAAACAAUUGUUUCUCGUGUAGUUUUGUCAUGAGCUGAUUCAAGGUUACAAAUAAAUUGAGAAAGCAUGCAGACUAAUUUGCUCUGAAUAUUUAUUCCCGUUGAUGUCUCGAUUUCCUACACCAGUAAAGAAGAAGAAGAAGAUUUCUCGAAGUCCAUAGACUUGAUACCCAAAACUAUGUUUUUAAAUUGGAACCGUCGAUAAUUGAUUGCAUAAAAAAAUUUUGUUUGCAUAAUUCUCAGUCCCGAGAUCCGUGUUUACAUAAGCAUUUCCUUCUUCAGCAACUUUUGUUUUAAAUAGGAUUUAACUUCGUUUUUCCUCUCCUAUGCCAUUUUAUAAAUCGUCCGCGAAGUAGUAGUUGCAUUAGGAAUUAGGUCAUGUAUAUUAACAUACUCACCGUAUUUCGAUCCAAUUUUAAUAAGAAAGUCUGCUAAUAUUUCAAACCCUGAUCUUUAAACAUAACUACAAAAGGGAGGCAAUCUUGUGAACAGACAUUGAGAGCGCAUUCCUUGUCUUCUUGGCUUACAUUUUUCAUAACCAUUUCCCCUUCAGAAGCGUUAGCGAAGCACUUGUGACGCAUCGAAUUACUUGUUAAACUUCAAAAAAUACUUGCAUUUUCGACAGUAAACAAACCCUUCCAAUGUGUUUCCAUUAUUUUUUAAUUUCAGCACACACGUUCCAAACAGCAUUUUUACCUCGUUUCUGCGUUAAUUGAUAAUAACCAUUAUCAAUAAUCUGUAUUAUUCUCUAUUGAAAAGUCAUAAAUUUUUUUAUAAUUAAUUAUAGGACACUGCACCCAAUAGUAUGUUUCACGUACAAAAAAAUAAAAAGUACAUAGGCGCAAAAUUUGUGUACAUACAGUCAAGGAAAAAAGUCUACAUACACCCCUUAAUUCAUGAGUUUUAUGGAGUUUGCGAAGAAAAUUUAAAAAAAAAUUAUGUCAAUAUUGAAGGCACUUUUAAGUUAAUUUAUUUAUGAAAUAAGAAAGGAACUCACUUACAUAAUAAAGCCAACAACAGCAAAAACAAAAACUUAGUAUUAUUCAAAGGAAUUAUGAAUAAAAUUAUAAUAUGUUAUCUUUUAGUAUUCGGUCGGUCCACCUUCGGCAUCAAUGCCAGCUUGAACGACGACUUAGCAUUGAUGCCACCAAAUUCUCCGUUAUCUUGGGUGCUAUUUCGGCCCAGCACGAAUAAGGGCGGUUUUUAAUGUUUCGCGGCUACUUAUGGCAAAAAUCGAUAAAAACCAAACGACCCACUCCAGACGACGCAAUGACAUCCCAAACCAUAACUUUACCGCCACCAUGUUUAACUAAGGGUAUGAUAUUCUUUGGAUCAAAUGCAGUAUUUCAUUUUCUCCAAUCUUAAACGGCCAUCACUUCUGAAGAUAUUAUACUUUCAUCAGUAGAUAAAACACGUUUCCAGAAGUAUAUAUCCUUGUCUCAAGGCGAAGUUUACGAUUCUUGGCUGAAAUUAGUGGUUUUCUGGUAUGAAAUCCAUUGCCAUGUAAAACAUUUCUUAUUGUUCAAGGAGUAACAGUUAUGUUGGAACAUUUUUCGAUGUGUUCAGAUAAUUUUGGGACACAUAUUUGUGGAUCCUGGAUGACUACUUAAAUAAUACUACUAACAUCACGUCUUGAAAGUAUCUUAGGUCUACCAGUUCGGGGCUUAUUUUCCGUACUAUUGGUAUUAUUAUAAUUCCUAAUGAUCGUUCGUAAAUUAGCACGAUUUAGCCUUAGAAAAUUCUCCAUACGAUUUGUUUUUUUUCGGAGAUUAACCACAAUAUUUCUAACAGAAAUGUGUAAUUAAAAAUAUGGAGAUCAAUGACAACUGUUAUUAGGCUUUCUUUCCUCUUCAUUUUCUGUUGGAUGUUAAGAGAUGUCAUGCUGUAUAUAGAUUUUUUUCCCGCUUAUUAUUAUGUUUUUCCUUAAUAAUAUCUAUUUUAUAGUUUUUAAUACAUUUUCUUUCCUGCAAAUAAUAUUUGUUAUUAGUGCUUUAAACGUUGAAAUAAUUUUUUUUCAAAUAUCACUAAUAAUUUUCUGAUACAUCAAAAUUGAGGGGUGUAUGUAAACUUUUUUCCUUGACUGUGUGUAUUUAUGAAAAAACUAUGAGCUACCCAACUCAUCUAAUGGUAUGCAAUGAAUAGCUUAAACCAUUGCAUAGAGAGAAGCAAUUUGAGCCAAGUGGAAGCGGUAAGUGAUUGUGAGACAUAUAACGGGAUUCUGUAACCAGUCUCUAUUUGAGACAUUUUGAGGCAAAGUCUCAAUUUGAGACUAGUUACUAUUCACUAAACAGUCUCUAGCGUUAGUCUCAAAAUAUUGAGACCUGUUAGUUAGCUGGUCACAAAACUAAAAAGAGCUCUUGUCUGCCAUUUUGAAUAUACUGAAUAGAGAUCAUCAUAGAUAUUAAUCGAUUGUAGUUUUUUAUAUUUUGCAAGAAACUCAAACACGAAAAGGUUAAAAAUAAAUCAAUUUUACAUAAAUUUCGUAAAUAUUAUGAACCAAAGUCAACAUAUAUUAUUAUUUUUAUUGAUAAUUAUGUUUUUUGACUAUGUUAUAGAAAAUUUAAUAUUUGUUAUCGACAUAUUUAUUUUCAUUCAAGUUUAAAAACAUCUCUGAAUAAUGAAAUGUAAUAGAUUUUGUGACUGUCACAUACAGAAUAGCAAUAUCGUCUCAAGUCUCAAAAACUGUCUCUAACCUAAAAUCUCAAAUUUAGAGACUUGAGACUGUCUCAAGUUACAGAAUCGCGCCGAUAAUCACACUCAUUAUUAUACAAGCAAGCCAUGCAAUUGUGAGAAGAGUCGGUGAGUUAUGUAGACAAGUUAUACACUGCAGAUCACUGAUUCGAAUACGGUAAAUAGUACGUGCAAAUAUUAAAAAAUUUGGGUAUGUUCGGUUGUUGAAAUAUUUUAAAAGCUCUGCUUGUGCUUUUUUGGCUUGAAUUUUGUCAAAUUUGUAUAAUAAAACUUUUACAUGAACAAGAAGACGACUUAUUUGUAAAAAUGUGUUAUCAAAAACGAAACGUAUAUUUUUUGAUUAAAUAAUGUUAUAUAAGUUUUAAUUUACUUAUAAUUUCCAGAAUUCUUAUUAUAUUUCAAUGAUAUUAUACUUUAAGAAAAUACAAAAUUAACAGAUGAAUUGCAUUUAGAACGCAAUACAUAUCUAUCAUACAUAUUACUUCUUAGUAUUUCUGUACGUCAAGUGCAACACGUAAACUUCUGAACAUUACCCAUAUCUCUAUCUAUUAUAUUAUAUCAUAUAUGUUAUAAGCACUUCAUGAAAUAAUUAAGAAAAAACAUUUGCGAAGCGCAGUAAUUGGAACUGAAAAAUAAAACCCAGUAAUAAGUUUGUAAUUAGUAAUGAUAUAUUAUGAGGUGAAUUAGUCAGUUAAAGGUUGCAUUAUACAUAACCGCCUAUAUUUUUACGGCUUGGUGCAUUUUUAAUUUCUGCAUUCAUUUUCUAUAGCAACGAUUUUUUAAAAUUAUUAUAUUACUAUUGUUGAUACUUGAUGUAUCUUUAUAAACAACUUAGCAUACGUUUUGAUAAAAGUAAUAAAACACCAGUAAUAAUAGCGAUAAAACAAGUUUUACAUACGCUAUAUUAUUAUUCAUUAAUUUUUUAGUUGGCAUUUUGUUUUUGUAUGUCAUAUUCUGUUAUUUUUAGACCUAUAUUGGCUUUGUUAUUUUUUUUUUUUUGGUAACAAGGAUUACGUUACAAGGAAAUUAAUUUUAAAUUCAUUCAGUAUGACUACAUAAUAGAAGUCAUUGUAAUUAAUAAAUGUAACUGCAAGAGUUCAACAUGUAAAUGUGUAAACACAUGGUCAAAAUAAUAUGUACACUCCAUCAGCCUGCAAUCAUGGCUUUAUUUAUUAUUAUUUAUGCCAGUUUCAAUAAAUUCGAUAUGACAAUGCUCUCAAUAUUAAAAAUAAUGUUGAAACUCGCGCUCGAUCAAAAAGGACAUCAAUACAACAGACGACCGUAUCGUCACUCCGCCAAACAAGACCUAUUCAUAUCUUCAACAAACAUUUCCGGCGAUAUUGGUAGCAUAAUAUAAUAAGAAAGUAUAAAAAAGUGGUGCAAUAUCUUGCGGAGCGAAAAAACUAAUUUUUUCGAUAAUGGUGCAAACGGAACGUUCACCUUCCAAAGAGCAAAAAGUUGCAUUCCAGGUUUACAUAAAAGGCUGCUAAACAUAGUACCGCCAACGUAAAGGUCUGGUCUGCUUUCCAUAGUAUGGCGUAGGACCAAUUCAUCGCAUAGAUAAUAUGAACACAUUCCAACAUAAAGAUAUCUUGGAAAACAAAAUGCUGCCGUUUUCUGACGAAAGUGUGUCACUAAUAUGGAAAUUUCAGAAGAAUAAUAAUUCUAAACAUACUUCAAUGUAUUUAAGUUCUCUUAAUUGGUGAAGCCAGUCAGUGUGAGUCCAAUUGAAAACGCUUGGGAGGAGCUAAAUUAAUGGUUCGGGAAGCAAUUCUUCCAAAAUAGUUUCAAUUAAUACGUGCCGCAAUCUUAUCUCCAGCAUGCCAAAACGAAUUUCAAAGUAAUAUUGUAGUAGUAUUGGAUAUACUGUAUGUUGAUAAAAAAAGGAAGAAAAAAUCGAAUAGGGCACAAGAAACUCAUACAUUUUUUCAGUCACAUAUACCUGAUGUAUUUACGAUCUUACUCAAAUAUUUUUAGUCUUCUAAUUACCUUCUACAAAAUUUAUUUUCUAUUUUUAUUUCCAACAUAUGUAUAUAUUUUUUAUAUAAAUGAUAAAAAAUUAAAUGUAAUAUUUCCCUGCAAACGUGAAUAAAAGUGAAUUUAUUAGUAAUUGACAGCCAUUUAUUGACCAUGAUUUGUUUUUAAUAGACCUAGAGUAUAACCACUCUGCAAAACCGGUUCUAUAUGAAUGCAGUACAUUUAUUGCAUAAAUUCAUCUUUUUUGUAAAACGGAAAAUUUUGUAUUGGAAUACCAUUCUUUUGAAGUUGUAGAUUUAUUUGCUUUGGAGCUGAAGGGUGCCUGAGCAUUGCAUAAACCUACAAGUAACAAAUCCUAUCAUUUUCACCCAUACCUUCACAGGCGAAAUCUUGUAGAAUGACAAAAAUUACAUUAAUAGCUAGAUUCUGUAAACAGUCUCUAUUUGAGACAUUUUGAGGUAAAGUCUCAAUUUGAGACUAAUUACUAUUCACUAAACAGUCUCUAGCGUUAGUCUCAAAAUCUUGCCUUAAAUUUGAGACCUGGUAGUUAGCAGGUCACAAAACCAUUAAAACUCUUGUCUGCCAUUUUGAAUAUACUGAAUAGAGAUCAUCAUAGAUAUUAAUCGAUUGUAGUUUUUUUUUAUAUUUUGCAAGAAACUCAAACACGAAAAAGUUAAAAAUAAAUCAAUUUUACAUAAAUUUCGUAAAUAUUAUGAACCAAAGUCAACAUAUAUUAUUAUUUUUAUUGAUAAUUAUGUUUUUUGACUAUGUUAAAGAAAAUUUAAUAUUUGUUAUCGACAUAUUUAUUUUCAUUCAAGUUUAAAAACAUCUCUGAAUAAUGAAAUGUAAUAGAUUUUGUGACUGUCACAGAAUAGCCAAAUCAUCUCAAGUCUCAAAAAUUGUCUCUAACUUAAAAUCUCAAAUUUAGAGACUUGAGACUGUAUCACAGUACAGAAUCGCACGGUAAGAAUGUAAUAGAUUGAGGGAAGACUCAGGGCAAAAGCUCAGGCAAUCCGUUAGGGUUUCCUAAAUAUGCUUUCCAUAGGGCACGAGUGUGUUGCCGUGUUAUGCUCUCCAAUUUAUUAUUUUAAGUACGUUUUUAUUAAAUUUUCAAAUAUAUUUCGAUUAUUAAAAUUCAAAUUUACCUAGUUUUGAUCAAAAUUUUAUUUAUUGUAUCAAAAUGUUGGUAAAUCUUUUCUAUUUUAUUAAAAAAUAUUUGAAGAAUCCAUCUAUUUUUGUUUAAAUUAUUACAAAUAGUUUUGUUUAGUAUUGUAUAUUUUAUAUGUGUGAAAAUAGGCCUCUUGGGGGGGAAAAAUAUUGCUAUCUCGCCUAUACUGCAACUUCUUUACUAAUUUUAAGUCCUUUUAUUUAAAUAUCUGUGCCGAAAAAUCAACUAUUUCCAUCAGGUGAUCUCAGCUGUUGACGACCAUAUGAUUCUUUUGUUACUUGUAUGUUUCUACAAUGGCCUCGAGCUACUACGUAAUAAUUACAGCAGUACGGCAACUGUGUUGCAGGCAAAAAUGUAUUGUAGCCAAUUUUUAACAAGAACGUGAUUCUGUUGCAAGUAUUGCCAAAAACUUACCCAGAACAAGAAAUUAGCAACACUGCCAUCGCGAUUGCCAUCUCAAACACACUCACAAGUUUUUUUUGCAAUGUAUCUAGCGAACCAACUUGAGAAAUAACGGAAACCUCAAUACGUAUAAAUAUAAGUAGUUUAAAAAUUUUAUAUUUAUGCUAAAUCUAUUACGAACUGUGUAAAUUUUAUUGAUUUAAUAUGAAUUACGCUAUUAGAAUGCAAUGAAUAUUGUUUACUAUUAGCUACGUAGUUAGUAUGCAUCUUUAAAUAUCAUAUGAGCAACAUUGUGAAAAUUUGCGAUGCAGGAACAAGCAUUGUUAAGCAUUAAAAAAUACGAAAACUUAACCUUAAAAUAGAUAGGUAUUUAUUUUUCCAGCUCUUCGUUAAAAUUGCAUGCACACUCUAUUAGAAUAGAUUAGAAGUAUAUAUGUAUAUGUAACAUUUAAUUAAAGAUUAAGGCACAAUUCCGAUUACUUUGGCGCCGCGAUCUGAAGGUACCGUUGGAAAGAGGAAGUCCUCCUGAUUAAAAAAUAUAUAGGGUUAUAGGGUCCGCAAACGCUUAGUUUACGAGAUAUUCGACCUUAAAGUCCGAAAAAUCGCAAAAUUGGACCAUUUCAAGACGCUAUUUCACCACAUUAAACGCACUUUUUUCACAUUUUUCACUUCAAAUUAAUUAAUUUACACUAUUAACUUUUAAAUAAAACCACAUUUUACACAUUUAACAGGUUUUUUACCUAAAAAAUCUUUAUUUUAAAAAUUACAUUUUACGCUUGUUUGAACCUCAUUUGUUUACCAAAAAUUACGACGAAAUGGAGCGCUGCCAUGUGAUGAUAAGGCAAUUCGUGAAAUUCCUCUUUUUUCGCAAAAUUCCUCUAUUCAUGCAUAUGGAUAUUUUCUUGUAUAAAUUUAUUAAGCAAAUAAGCAAUAUUAUAUACGGUAAAUGUUCAGCAGAGCGGCUUUUCCGAAAACGUGCACCAAUUUUCACGGGAAUUGUCUUAAAAAAUUCGUUUUUAAUUCCGAUUCACGAAUGUGUAUGACGCGUUAUUUAAUUUUAUGUUAUUAAUUGGAAAAAUAAAAAGAGAUUAAAAUAUCGAUAUUCUCAAUAUUCGAGUCAGAAAGAAAAUUUGUAAAAAUGAGAAAUACAUAUUAUAAAAAUAAUAAUAAUUGGAAAAAUAAAAAGAAAUAAAAAUAUCGAUAUUCGCAAUAUACGAGUCUGAUCGUGAAUUGGCAAAAAUGAGAAAUACAUAAUAGGAAAAUUUAUAAUUAAUUAUUAUUGCAGAAAGAAGAAGAAUUUGGACACAGAAGAAUUUUGAACACCGGGGUUUUGGACCGACCAGGGAUAUUAUUUUUCGAGCGCUCGAAAAAUAAUAUCCCUGGUCGGUCCAAAACCCCGGUGUUCAAAAUUCUUCUGUGUCCAAAUUCUUCUUCUUUCUGCAAUAAUAAUUAAUUAUAAAUUUUCCUAUUAUGUAUUUCUCAUUUUUGCCAAUUCACGAUCAGACUCGUAUAUUACGAAUAUCGAUAUAAAAACGCUGUGAAACGCUAAAAAAUUCUUCACUUUUGGUUUUUAAGGUGUGGCAACGCUGGUUUUCCUCGUAAAUAUAAACACUCUAAACUUUUCAGCCAUAAAUUUUAUAUGUGAUUUUAAAUUACUAAAUUUGGCUGAAAAAUUAAGAAAUGAAAGUGAAAAUCGAACUGAUUUCAAUGUUAAGAGUGUAUAUUUAAUUAUAGUGAAAGAAAAACGUGAAAAAUUCUGUGAAACAUGGAGAAAUAACAUGUGUUCUUAGUGCGAAUUUUUGAUUUUUUAAACGUGAAUAUUUUUAAAAAUAUUAGCUAUUUUCACAUGAUUUUUGGAUAUUCCACCUCUAUAGAAGCCCCCCUAUCCGUACAUACCCCAUUUAUACGGAAAUUCGGUUUUUUUACCCCGCCGCCAAAGUAAUCGGAAUCGUGCCAAGAUUAAUAUGGUAUGUACAUACAUUUGUAUGUACGAGGUGUGUUCAAAAAGUAUCACGAAUUUUGUGUUUUUUCAAAAAUUAUUUAUUUAUUCAUGAAUAUCUAUUUUGUCCCCUUCAAAGUAAUCCCCAUGAGAUAUUAUACACUUGUGCCAACGGUUUUUCCAAUCUUCGAAGCAAUUCAAAAAAUCAUUUUUUUAUCUUCUUCAGCUCCUCCUUCGAUGGCGUCUUUAUCUCGUCAAGAGAAGCAUAACGUCGUCCUUUGAUGCGCCUCUUCAGUUUAGGGAACAAGAAAAAGUCACAGGGCGCCAGAUCUGGGGAAUACGGUGGUUGCGGCAUCAUUAGUGUGUUGUUUUUGGCCGAAAAGUCGCGCACAAGCAACGAUGUGUGUGAGCAGGGGCGUUAUCGUGGUGCAAAAGCCAAUUUUUGUUCUUCCACAAAUCCGGGCGUUUCUGGUGGAUUGCUUCGCGCGAAUUGCGCAUAACUUGCAGGUAAUAUUCCUUAUUGACCGUUCUUCCAUGUGGCAAGAACUCGUGAUGCACCACGCCCCUGCAAUCGAAGAAAACUAUCAGUUACGAAUCGCGAUACUUUUUGAACACACCUCGUAUGUAUGUUCAUAGGUCUAUGUUGAUACACAUUUAUCCACUUAAAGGAUGAAAGUUUGUAAAAUUUUUAAAUUGCGAGUUAAAUCUUAAAACGUUUGUAAAAAUGUUAGGUCAUAUGAAUGCUCUGUAAAAAGGUGCUUUUGUGCAUAUGUCAAUUUGAAUACUGCUCGAUAUUUACCAACGCGAAUAAGUAGUAAAAAUAUAAUUUCAUUUACGCGAUAUUAUACUUAUAUGUAUGUAUCUACUUUUAUAUAUGUAUAUAUUCAUACUACGAGACUACAGUACAUUAAUUAAUUUUAAUGAUAUACAAAUGACUUAUAAUUAUUUUACUGGCAUUUUCCAGUAAAUUUCUCUAGUUUACAUUAUGAAUGUAUGUAUAAUGUAUGAAUAAUUGUGAACUUAAAACAGAUGGAACAUGAAAUUUUAUCACUCAAUUCAAACUCGACGUGUUUUUACUUUUCUUACGUCUCUAAUUCUCUUGUUUUCUGUUUAUAAAAUCCAGCAGUUAAUACAUUGAUUUUGAAAGUUUCAACUUGAAAACAAGAUAAAAAUAUAACAAACGUUCUUAAAAUACGUUGAAUACUCAAUAUGGGAUAAAAGUUGUUUCUGAACCAAACAAAUACUUUGCAAUUUGCUUGACUCUGUGACCGAAUUUUUACUCAAUUCAAAAAAAAAAACUGAAUAUCCAAAAACACAAUUAUAUAAAAUACUAGGCACAAUUCCGACUUUUACGGUCGGGUAAAAAACACGAAUUCCGGUAUUAAUGGGGUAUGUACGGAUAGGGGAGCUUCUCCAGAAGAGGAAUAUGCUAACACUUUAAUUUUUUAAAUUAUUCCCUAUCAAAAAUUUGUGUUAAUAACACACGGUAUUUCACAAUGUUUCACAUUUUUUGUAUAUUUAAAUAUACACUCUAAACAUUGAAUUUCACUUUUAUUUUGUUAUAUAUUAGCUAAAUUUAUUAAUUUAAAAAUCACUUAGCACACUCAUCGUUGAAAAGGUUAGAUUGUUUACAAUUAUGAGGAAAACGAGCAUUGCCACAUCUUAAACACCAAAUAUGUAUGAUUUUCAAUGAUUUUUCUUUGUGAUUUUUUUUCCUAUAUUAACUAUAAUACAAAAAUACUUUCCAACAUAUUGUAAGCUAUAAUUGAAUUGUGAACACUUUUAUGUACUCGUAUAUGUAUAAUAUGUGAUUUAUAUGUAAUACACACAAAUAUGUAAAAUUUUAUGAUAAUAUUAUAAAAUUUAUAUCAUAACGGGGCGACUGAAAUAUUUUCGCGUAGUAGUACUUCCUAUGUUGGCGGCCAUCGGCCGCGCUUUAAAAAAAAGAACCCUUGUCGAGCUAAUACUCGAGGUGACUGAAGUACUUUUACAUAGUACUCUUUUAAAAAUCUAAGUAUAUUAUUACCUAAUAUUAUUAUUUAAUAUUACUUUGUUGCUUAUUAAAUUUAAAUAAGAAAAUAUCCAUAUGUAUGAAUAUAUUGUUAAUACUCAUUUUAAUUUGAAACAUAAUUUAUAAACGCUUGUUUUUAAUAGAACUAAGAUUGCUAAAUAAAGAAAGAAGAAUUAUAGCGGAAAAGAGAAAUUUCAGCGAAUUGCUCAAAAUUGUUAAAUAAAUGAUGAUGAUAACGACUAUAAGAAGUCAUUUUUAAAAUUUAAAUUUCUUACUUAUAAAACCUGCAAACAGAGUAAAUUGUGAAUCUGUUUAAAUGUUUACAGUUUAUUUAAAUGAAGUUGAAGUGAAAAAUGUGCAUGAAGUGUGUUAAAUGUAAUGAAAUAGCUUGUUGAAAAAUUCAAAUUUUGGGAAUUUUCGAACUUUAAAGUCGAAUAUCUCGUAAACUAAGCGUUUGCGGUAUCUAUAACCCUGUAUAUUUUUUAAUCAGGAGGACUUCCUCUUUCCAUCGGUACCUUCAGAUCCCGGCGCCAAAGAAAUCGGAAUUGUGCCAGAAAAUAAUAUCAGAAAUAAAGCGUUUUGGGAAAUGCUGCUGCAGUGAUCAACCCAAUCAAUCAAGCAAAUCGAAUUUUAGUAAACUGUAAAAUGUUUGUUUAGCCUCACUUAAGAAAUUUUACUAUAUAAUUCCAUAUUAUAAUUUGUUAAUAUAAUUGUUUAAAGAUGAUUUACAAGACAUUCACUAAAAAUACGUAGUUAGAAAUGCAAAUGUAAACAAUGAAAUAGUAAAUAAAUAUAAUAGGUUGUGUGUACUUUAUAUGUAAAAUUCCAACAUUUCCAUUACUACUACACUUAUAAACAUGAGCAUGUAAAGUAUAUAAAAAAAUGUUUAAACGCCCAAAAAUACAUUUUAAAGAUAUAUCACAAACAAUGUACGCACAAAACUAUAACUACAUAAAAUACGAAAGCGUACACGCAAUUUACAUGGGUAAAAUUCGAGCAACUUUAUAAUUGGAACAUAUAAAGAACUAACUAUUUCGGGUUAAUAGUAUACAACCUGUUGUUUACGCAAUUUAGCAUAUGAUAUUAACUUUUUAACUAUUCAUACCCAUGCUCGAAAUGUAGGUAUCAGAGAUAAAGAGACCCAACUCUCCUGUCACUGGAAAUGUGAGAGCCGCUCACCUACCGAACUUUGACAGUUGACUGGAUUGGGUAGGUGUUCACGUUUUGCAAUUGGAAUGACUGGAACGGCCAGAUUGAAAUUAUACCAAAAAUAUACAUAUGUGAACGGAGGAAUUUGUUGCCGCCGUUCAAGAUCGCUAAUAAAAAUUUAAAACAUUGAAAAUCAAAGAAAAUACGAAAUUUAAAUAUAUUUCAUGAAACGUUUUGUAAUUUGAUGCAUAAUAGAAUUAAUUUUCUAUUACAAUUGAUUAAAAACAUUUAUUAAUUGAGAACUAACAGACUUAAUUCACCUUAUUAAGUAUUGAAAGAUCGAAAGUCAGUUGUUUUAAUAUACCAUAAAAUCAUAAAAAAGGAAUUAAGUAGUUUCGCCAUAUAUUAAAAGUCCAAUAUAUUAAUAAUUUGCAAUCGUAAUAAAUGUUGGGUAUUUUAAUUUAAAAUGCCCAAAAAUUCUUAUUUUGUUCGAUCUGGCCAUAAUGGAAAAUGUUAUAAAAAACGCUUAUUUUGAGGCGCUCUCACACUGGAAUAAGUUGGGCAUCCCAUUAUCCCUGGUAGGUAUUGUGUGUUAUUUGCGUAAUCUUGAAAUUCAACUAUUAAGAACAUACUUCUGUAUUCUCAUCAUAUGUCAAAAUUAUUCAUACGCUUACACAUGUUUCGUGCUGAAUACAUAGAGAGCGACAGACUUCAAGCGAUGUCUGUCAAAUAAUAAAAUACACAUGUUCUUAUGAACGCUGUUAUGUAGUCGUGUAGCUAUCUAAAUAACUGUGUAUUUGACAGAUGCCCUUGAAGUUUUUUUUUCAUUUUUUAUUUUUUUUUUGUUUCCGAAGGGGGAAUCUGCCAGGGUGAGACUCGUAGCAUGCACGAUUCAUAUUGUCCGCUAAAGUACACUUCUUUCGGGAUCACGCCAGACAGUAAUAGACCUGCGGGACCGCCGUUAAACACUACUUCGCAGGACCAAGCUGGACGAUAACUGCCUCUUCACGACCUACCGCUCAGGUUAUUUAUGUGGUCUUAUGCUUCUUCGCUACCUUUCUUUCGUUCUGAGUUCUAGGAGCGCUACUGCGGCCAAGUCUUUCAUUUUAGCUCACACCAGCUGUGAUCGCAGCUGACUCACUAUGCUGUCGGGCGUCAUCCUUCCAUUUGUCAGCUUUUCUAUGGUGUCUCUCUCUUCUACAUUCCUCGAGCAGGAGAAAAAGAUGUGCUCUGCGUUUUCUGCUGCAUUUCUGUAGAAGGAACAUUAUGUUUCGUCAUCGUGGCCAAAUUUGUGUAGGUAUUCCCUGAAAGAGCCAUGACCCGAUAAAAACUGCGUUAAGUAGAAAUUUGUCUCGCCGUGUUAUCUGUCAAUCCAGGCCGAUACAUUCUUAAUUAAUCUAUGUGUCCAUCUUCUUUUAUCUGCCGCAUCCCAUUGCUUUUGCCACUCAUCGAGAAUUGCCUUCCUCUCCUUUGUGGGCUCGUCGACCGUUAGGCACCUAUUCAUGGCUUUUGUUUUACGUUGGACUCUACUUAACUCAGAGGCCAUUAUAUCCGGUGGCAUAAGACCAGAUAUGAUAGCACUUUCUUCGUGCGACACAGUUCUAAACGUAACUUUCAGGGCAAAAAACCUGGACACAGCCUUUGCCAUAUUGACACAAGUUUUUUGAUGCAGGACUGUCCCCCUUACGGGAGCUGCGUAAAUAAGCAUUGACUGGCUAAAUUUAGCCAGCAGAACUCUCCUACUUUGACUUGGGCCACCAAUGUUUGCCAUGAUUCUCGACAGGACCGCAGUCACUUUAGCCGCCUUUCCACAGGCCUUUUCAAUGUGCGUCUUGAAAUUGAGCCUCGUAUCGAUCAUAACACUAAGGUACCUCAGUGAAUUUUGCCUUACAAAGUUAUACCCAUCAAUGUUCAGAGUGACCGUUUCUAGCUUUUUCCUGCUCGUGAUGAGCACUGCCUCGGUUUUUUCAUCUGCAAGCUGCAGCUUGGUAGGUACUCGUAAUCCAGUGUUUAAUUUUCUCCACGGUCUCAUUGCAUGUGUUCUGUAUCUGUAAGGGUACUUUAGCUACGAUCGUUAUGGCAAUGUUGUCCGCAUAGCCAAUUAUCUGUGCUUCUUUUGGCAGCGGUAAUCGUAGCACCCCGUCGUACAGCACACUCCAAAGUAGUGGGCCUAGUACGGAGCCUUGUGGUACUCCAACUGUCACCAUUUAGGUUUUUUGGACCUGCAUCGGUAUCGUACAGCAGUAGUCUGUCGGACAAAUAGCUGCUAAUUGUUCUCAGAAAAUACACCGGGGUGUUUCUUGCCUCUAAUGCUCUCAGUAUAUGUGGUCAGUAUGCCGAGUUGAAAGCGUUUUUCACGUCCAGCGUAACAACUGCGCAGUAUUUUUUAUCUCCAUGCAUCCAUCUGGUCCCCUCUAUGGCUUUGGCCGCAAUGUCCGUCACUUUUCCAACUGCGUCUAAGGUGGACCGAUCUUCUGAAUCCAAAUUGGUUUUCAGAUAACCCAGGAGACUCUUCUUCUAGAUGGCAUUCUAGACGUGUGCAAAUUUGUCUUUCCAGUAUUUUGACCAUCGUAGCGAUCAUGCUGAGUUGGCGAUACGCAUUUGGCUCUCCCGUCGGGUUGUUUGGCUUUUGGAGAAGAACCAGCCGCUGUUUCUUUCAAACUUUCGGGAAAACUCCUUCAUUCAGACAUCGUGUGUAGAGUUCAGCGAAUGCCCUCUUGCUAUUGUUGAUCGCAAUAAUUUUCACUGCUUUGUUCGAGAUGCCACCAAGUCCUGUUGCCCUUGCAUCGCCAAAUCUCUCCGCCACUUUCAUUACCUCUAUCUCGUCUACAAUUGGGGAUUCCAUCACGGUUGGUUUCGUUUUACUCGAUUGGGGUUCUUUCGUUGGGAAAAGCGUAUUCACCACCUUUUCUAGGAGGGUCGGACAGGUCGGUUCUUGACUUUUACCUCCUCUGAUUUUCGCCAUCACUAUUUUAUACCCCACGGAUGCUCGUCCACCUUUUCACAUAGUUCUUUAAAACUCGAAGACUUACUUCUUUUGAUAGCCUUCUUGAGUUCUUUACGUUUUCUUUUGAAACUUUCUCGCAGUUUUGUAUGGUGUGGCGUACCUUGGCUUCUUUGGCAGAGGCGGCUCGCUUUAUGGCAUUCGCUUCUUAAUGUGCUGAUCUUUUCGCUCCACCAGUAUGCAGGCCUUUGGGUUAUGUUGUGCCUUUUUCUAGACAUAGCAGCAUCACAGGCUUUACUUAUGUUCGUCACCAGUUUUUCACCAUGUGUUCAACGUUGACCGCACCAUCUAGGUUCCCAUCCAACAUAAGUUUGAAAAUUUCUUCAUCCAACGUUUCCACCCUCCAUCCUUUUUUUGCUGGAUCGAGUUUGUGUUUGUUUGCGGAUUUCCAGCAAGAUGGCCAGGCGAUCGCUAUGUGUGUAAAAAUCGCACACUUUCCAAUUUGCAGAUCGAAACAGCAUGCUGCUGCGAAUGUAAUAUCUAUUAUCGAUCCGCGUCCAUUAUUUUUAAAAGUGUUUUUAGAGCCGGUAUUGAGCAGCACAGCGUCUAACAUAGAAAACGUUUUGAGUAGCUACUGUUGUGUAGCUACUACCCCAUUCAAUUGUCCAUGCCAUGAAAUCGUCUGCUUUCACGUUUGGCGUGGUAGUGAGGGCGUCUCGAACUAGUACGAGACCUCGAGAAUUAUUUCGUGGUUCCUUGCAACAUACGCAGCUGUAGAAAUAAAUGCCACCUAUUUUCGCUCGUGUAUAGUAAGAUCUGCCCAAGAGCGGCUUAUCUUUGUUUUCCUUGUCGGAGAACCAUGUGUCAGCGUUUAUGUUUUUAUAUUGCUCACACACUAUCGCCACAUCUAUAUUUUCUUCGAAGAUUGUUUGUUUCAGCAUCUCUUGAGCAGCUUCACAAUGGUUUAGGUUGAUUUGGACAACUCUCAUUUUGUAUUUUUAGACGCCGCUUGAUAUACUCUCUAUGCGCUUGAAGUUUGUCGCUCGCUAAGUGUUCAGCACAUUACUGUCGUCCUUAAAUAAAAGCGGCAGCGGCAAAUUACUGUCAAAAUUCCUUCCGGCAAUAGAAUUUGUAAUUAAAUAAACCCAGCGGCAACGCUGAGCGUUAAAGUGGCCAAAGCGCACUAAGAAGUAAAGUUGGCUGCAGAAAACGAUGAAAUUGUAAUUUAUCUAAAAAAUUUCUUGUCACGCGAUGUUUAAUGCAUGUUCAAAUUCAUAAGUAUUAAUAAAAUAUUAAUUAAUUUUUUUUUUUUCAUUUAUUUCUUUUGUACUAAUUUCAGAAUUUAAUUGAGAAUUUGACGUAAAGUUAUUGCUUUAUUUAGGGAUGCCGCGUCGGCGUUAACGCUGAGCGGUUAAAAACGUGACACUCAAAGCAAUUAUUUAAGUACGCUAGUUAUGUACAUAGUUUAAACUUUAGAAAUGUAAGUGAUUAGCAACGAAAUACUUCUAAAUGUAUAAUUAUUAAUGAAUGUUAUACCAAUAGUUUGAAAAAUCAGUAACAACAUUUCUAUAACUGCUUGUGACUUUUGAGAAUACACACAAAAGAACACACAGAAAAUAAGAGCACAAUAAUCACAUCAUAUUUCAACAAAAAGCCCUGAAAUAACAACGCACAGUAGAUAUAUACUAUAUAUGUAUGCUAUACAUAUGUAAGUAUAUUUUAUCUAGAGAUGAGCGAUAUUAUGAUUUUUCGAUAUCUGUGAUUUCAGUGAUUGCUAUUUUUAAAUCACUGUGAUUUUAUAUUGCUAUUGCGAUCGCAACUAAGUCGACGUUUAAACGUCGUUGUUGUUGUUGUAGCGGCAGAUUCUGCCAAUUUGACACUGUUUGGCCGAAUAAAACUCCGGGCAUAGAUAACUUGAUACGAGACUCUUUGGUUCGAGAGAGAGCUGUCAAAACUUGCAUUUUUUAUAACAUUUGCCAAUGAUGCCACUGCUGAAAAAUACUAGAUUGGGUUUAUAAUAAAUUAUACAAAACACUAAAUUAAACACUUUGAAAAUGCAUACAUAUAUAAAUGCUAAAAUGCAAAAUCAUUAAUUAAUUUACAUUAACUUUUAUUUUGCCAAAAUAUGUUCGCAUAGUUCAAUGAAAUUCCAUUUCACAUUAAUUUCGUCAAGUAAUUAUAGCGCUGCUCUUCUGGCAUCCCGCCUGUUUGACUAACUGCUGAUUGGCGUCACCCUGAUUGUGUUUUGUUGUCAACUCAAAAAACAGAUCAGGGUGCCCUACCAGCUGACAAGCGAGAAAGCAAGAAAAGAGAUUCUGAUCAAUUUAUCUAUGGUCCGGGUCUGUUCCACUUACGUAGACCCGACUGUCGUGGGAACGACGGAAACAUUUUGUCGUUAUUGGCGGCAAAUUCUCUUUUGGCUCCUGUAACUCGAGUCAAGUUUUUCCGCCUUUCUUUUCACUACAUUUUCGCAAAUGUUGGAGCGGUUCGGCUACCUGACACUUAGAGCGUAUUGCAUAGUUCAUUUGUAGGUUGGGAUGAUAGUUUCACACAUUUCUUAGAAGGAAUUACCAUUAGUGUGGUUGAUAAUUUGUUUGUUUAGAAUACCCGCUUUUAAUAUUUUCAAGACCAAAUAAUUAACGCGAGUUUCCUAAUCUUUGGGAAAAUAUUAAAAACCCGUAAUUUUUUUAUUCCAUCAUUUUUUCUGAAAUUAAUUAGUUACAAUUCUUGUUUUUAUCACAAAAGGUUUUCAAAUUUGGUUUUAACAAUAAGUAAUAUUAAAAAUUUUAUUAAAACAAAUUAAAAUAUUCCAUUUUGAUUAUAUUUCAUCUACCACUUCAAACAUCCCACUUCACUUCUUUUCCUUGAUACAUUUCCUGCCAUUAUUAAAAAUUGUAAGAACGUUACACUCAAAACUUCAAACCGCUAUGACGAAAAAUAGCAUAUACGAUAUAUACAAUACCCUCAAUAAUGUUGUUACUUUUCUGCUAUUUGCUAUUGUGAUCGUAAUUCACAGGUUCGAACCGCUAUCGUAAAUCACAGGUUCGAACUGCGAUCGCAAUUGCAGUUCAUAGAAGCGAACUGCUAUUUAUAAAAAGUGAUCGCAGUUGCGAUUUGCGAUUUUUCAAUCACAGUGAAAAAAUCACCGGUAGUGAAAUAUCGCUCAUCACUAAUUUUAUCAAAUAUGUAUCAUAUUUUAUCUGUAAUAGUUUAUAUAUUAUAUUUCUUUGUUUUGCGUUGCAUAUUCCCGGAAAAAGCCUAAAUAGUUUACUAGGUCAGUAAAAUAUAAUCGAAACCUUUAAAUUCUUAUGCUCUAGGUUUCGUUUCAAGUUUUCUGAACAGCUUUCUCAACGGAUUCACAAAAAUCAAAUUACCUGUAAAUAAGCUUACCAAAACUUGAAGAAAAUAGUUCGAUCAUAUAAAGUUAAGCAAUCACUUGUUAAGCCUGCUUUAGAAGCUUCAAAAUAUCAAUUUUUUUGUUUAAAUCUCUUUAAAAAUAAUCUAGGAAUAUGUCCCUAAAGUUAUAGAUGGGAAUUCGAAAUAUUUUCGAAGCUAGAAGGAAAAUAGUGACUGAGUGUCUAUCAGAAAUAUAGGGUGGGCUAUAUAAAAUUUUAAAUUUCGAAGAUAGGGCGUAAAAGAUUGAGUGUAGCGUUUGCUGUAUGGCAUGUAGCGCCGUCCUGCUGGAACCAAAUGUUGUCCAAGUCUUCCUCUUCAAUUUGCUUGAAGAAAAAUUUGGUUAAUAUUGCGCGAUAUCGCUCACCAUUGAUGGUUACGGUUCCUUCUUCAUUUUCGAAGAAAAAUGGGCCGAUGAUUCAACAGGACCAAAAUCCGCACCAUACAGUGAUUCGUGCUGGGUGCAUUGGCUUCUCGACGAUUACGUGCGGGUUUUCUGUGCCCCAAAUGCGACAAUUCUGCUUGUUAACGUAACCAUCGAGGUGGAAAUGAGCCUCGUCCGGAAAGAUGAUUUUUCGGUAAAAUUGACCAUCCUCGGUCAAACGAUCUUCUGCCCAAUCUGCGAACUGUAGAAUAGUGAAUAGCGACCUAUUUCGUCUUAUCUUUGGAAUUAAAUUAUCUUCUAUUUAAAUUAAAAAAAAAAGGAAAAGUCAAGUUUGAACAUAUUUUUAAACAGCAUAAAAUAAAAUUUUUUUGGUCAAAAACCAUUUUUUUCGAUUGUUAAAAAUUUUGUAAAAUCUUACACUUUUUUGUUGGAAUUUUUUUUAGUUUAACUAGGAGACAAAUUAUUAAAAAAUAUGAAUCUCCUUGAAUUUUUUGUUUCCGAUAGAAAUUGCGAUCUGCAUCCUGCCCGCCGUCCGGCAAAUACACAUACGAGAUGCAUCGAGCAAUUGCUUCCUAUAGGCAGAAUAUAAAGAUUUCGAAUCCAAAAAUUUGCGGAUUAUGUUUAAAAAUAUAGCUAUAAACCCUAGAAAUUUCGCUUAUUAAUUAUUAUUUUCCCUCCCAAAAAAAUGCUCAAAAAAUCGAUUUUUUAAAGACUAAAGGAUAACAUUAACCCAGUAUUGUCAAAAUGACCUUUAAUGCUUGUAUCUCACAAACCGUCUGAGCUAACUCAGAAAAACUGAUAUAUCUCAGGAACUAUUUAUUAAAUUUCAAAACAAUUUAGUGCACAGAUGUGCGGAAACGAGCUGCACCCACGCGCGUUUUACUGGUCAAAUAUGUGAGAUAUCAUAAAGAAAUUAAGACAACGUUUCUCUCCAAUAACAUCAUAUCCUUCUGUUUAAAAUAGCGUAUAUUUCCUUCAAUGCGAAUGAUGUCAAAAAUAAUUUGGUUUAGUGUUGAAUAAGAAACGAAUUGGACUUGACAUUGGCCUGCAUCUCAUGUUCUUAAUGUAUUGAUUUUCGAUUAUUUGGUUAACUUUUUUCUCAUAAACCCAAUUUAUUAAAUUUAGCCCCUUUGAAUGAGUUAACUGUGGUAAUUAUGAUUUUCAAAUAAAUAUUGCGGACACGAGGCAAAGUUUUAUAAUGAAAGUAAAUGGUUCUGCGACUUGUAAUAUAAAUUAAUAAGAUACUAAAUUUGUUUGUAAUAUUGUGUAUUCAGUCCUUAGGCAUAUAUUUUUUUUUUUGAAAUUUGCGUGAGUAUAAAAUUUUCAAUUACUCCCAAACUUAGCCCAUCUUUAAUUGUUUGCUAGUUUUUAAUGUGUAAUUAUGUUCUAUAUUGGGACAACCAAUAACUUACUCUAUUUAAUCAAAAAUUAAAAACUACCAAACUGAUCACAUACAUAUGUUUGUAUAUAUGAGAGUAAAAUUCACUAAUUUUUGUUGGGUUAAAAAUAAAUAAACUCCAAAUAGACUUCAUUUUUGUGCUACAUUAUGGGCUUAAUUUGAUGAAAUGAUGUUUCAAUUCAAAUAAAAUUUAAUAGUGUUUUUUAUACGCAUUUCCAAUAUAAUUUUUGGCAGACUAAUCAUCAGAAUUAAAAGGAGUUUAUAGCUUAGUACGCAGCUCUCAAGAAACGUAAAAACUUCAUAUAAAAAAACGCUUAAGAAACGGUCCAGAAACGUUCCUGCGAUAAAGUUACUUGUGCUAGUACGCAGCUCUUAAGAAAGCUAGUACUAAUUUUUAAUAUUUUUUUUCAAUAAAAUGUGAAUAUGGCAAACCUGUUUUUGCGAAGAAACAUCAAAUCAACAAUUGUUUCUUGCAGGAAAUUCGAAGUAAUCGUCAAAUUCAUCCUAAAUUAGUUGAAAUCAUUAUUAUAAAGUAUGUUCCAUUUUGAAAUGUUGUAUAAAACCAACCAAUCAUCAACAACAUUCCUUAAAUCUCAAUGAAAAUAUUUGUGUUACCAUACACAUGCAUACAUACAUACAUACGCACAAAGUUUGUUUACUUUGUUUAUUCUCUCUUGCUCUUCUAAUGUGGAUCAUUCACAAUGCGUAACCAGCUGUCAAAAUUACUUGAGAAAUAAUGUAUUUUUGUUCUUGAGCAAUUACUUGAGAGCUGCGUACCAACCUUAUGAGUGGAUAGAAUAAUUUGAGAUAUGCAUAUGAAUGCAAGUGAAGUUUGUCAAUCAUUCAAAAAAAGAUUUGACUCAGUUGAUAUACUGUAUAUAUUUACUUCUUAGGUCGUAAUUAAAUUAGUUUUACAAGAACGGACACAAAAUCCCUCACCGGAUACUUGCAUAAGUUUUAAUAUUUGCUCUUUAAAUUCUUAAUAGAUAGAUAGGUUGCGUUUGCUAAAUGGAUACAAAAUAAAGGAAAAGUCUAGACCUGCGUAAAAUACACAUUUAACAUGCAUAUAUGUAUAUAUACCAAUGCAUUUAUAAAUUUUGACCAUAUUGAGUUAUUAUCACAAUAACAAAAAGGUUCAUUUCAUAUUUUACCAUCAAUGACGUUUUCAAUUAAAAUAGUUUAUGGAAAGGAAUGUGACACGAAAAUGCAACUAAUAGAAAAUUUUACUUAAUAAAACACAUGUACAUAGACAAUAUUUGUUACGAUUCUAAUUGCACAACGUUUGAAAAAUUAAUAUAUGUACUAAAUAUUUUUACCCACAAUGCUAUUAUUUGUGUAAAUAACACCUUCUUACAAACGAAAACAAUCAAAUAUUUAUGCAUUUGUUUUACACUGUACAACAUUAGAUUGGGUUUGGACCAAAAUAGUUUUUUGAGUAAAAAACAAAAAAUUAUUUUUCCAUUUUGAGAAGUUAGCUUCUUUCUAAAUUCAUAAUUACUUUUAAUAUGCCAGUUAUUCACAGAUGCGAAGUUGUUCAAUAAAAUAUUUUCUGGAUUAAAAAUUACAUUUUCAACUUUUAAUUCCGAAGUUAAUUUGUUUUUUUAUUUUUAAUCCAUAUUAAAAAUUAAAAUUAAAAUUAUUGCUAUCAAAUUAGGAAAUAAAAUUACAAUUUUUUUUGGCCGCAGUAGCAUCUGUAUUUCUACCAACGGAAAAAUAUACCCCAUGGAAAUAAAUGAAAAGAGUAGAUUAUCUCCAUAUUUUUUUAUUUUCUCAUGAACACAAAAAAAAUUACAAUAUUGCAAUUGAAGCUUUAAUCCUUAGAUUAAUCCUCAACCUUUAUUUAAUGAAUCUUUCAUCGAAAAUCAAUCAGCACAUCUGGGCUGUAGGUCGGCUGCGGUAGCCGGUGCGUUGUCGUUGUGCAACUUCCAAUCGGCUCAGAUUUACCGAGUUUCACAAAAAAUUGAAUCGUGUACCUUUGCUCUAACGAGCGCUUCAUUUUCGACUUGCACCAUUCACAGAUACACGUCGUGCGAAAAUGUUUGUUCUGACUCUCCAGGUGUUCGAAGACAAUUGACCAGCCGCAAGUUCGUUCGUUAAAAACGCCUUCUACCGAAUCCAGUCGGUGCGCGCACGCUCGGAAGUACAGUCGCGGCGGAAGUCAGUCCUAUUACUUUGCAGACAAACCCUGUAUAAACUUCAUUGAAAUGUACAAAGCGGUUUUCGAGUAAUCGACGCUAAGACGCAUUUGAAGGUUUAUUCGAACGCUUCAGAGCUCCUGAGAACCAUUUGCUAAUUAGCGAAUAACUCGAAAAGUAUUUGUUGAACUUACUUAAUCUAUGAUGGUAAGCAAAUUCAAGAAAAAAUUGUGACUACCCCUAACGUCGUAAUUUUUGAAUAUUUAAUUUCUUAUAGAAAUAUAAAAAACUCUUUUUAAUUUAGAAAAAACCUCGAUUACCACAAUAUUCUACUCAAUACUUCUUUCCAAUUAAAACUAGUUAAUGACAUGAAAGUUUUGCUGCUACCAGAUAACCUAGAACUGGUUUUAAAGAUAGUAAAAUGGCUAUCACGCAUGUUUUAUUGGAAUGUUUUUAUGAAAGUAUUUUUUUUUUUUUUUUUUUU